AUGUCGAAAAACUCCUGGGCCCAGAGCGACGAGAAGGCGUCUGACAGACUUCCUGGCGACGCGCCCCAGGGCCAAGUGUAUGAUGACUCUUACACUACUACAAAGUCCGAGGCCGUCCCGGUGACCAAGGAUGAUGCCGAUAUCGAGGACCCUGUUGACCCCGCGACGGCCGACUCGGAUAAGCAACUGGAUCGGGACGAGAGAGAGGCUAUCGACAAGUCCAACGUCGUCAAGGAAAAGACUCGACAUGCUAAGCCUGCGAAUGGGACUUAUCAGGAGCCGAACGAUGAUGAUUUGGGCUUGACGCAGUAG